UACAAGACAAAUAAUAGAUCGCAUCUCAUUGGAGCGAACUACGUCACAGACACCUAUGAAAUCGACAUAAUAACACAAAAUAGCAUGUAUAUCAAGACAAGAAAAUAAAAUUACAAUUAAAAUUACAAAUAGAAAAUAGUACUAAUCUGCUGUGCGCAUUCUGCAAAUUCUCCUUUGAAUCGAAGCUGAAUCAGAAUCUCAUCAGCACAGAAAUCCACAGUGGGAUUUAAAUUCAGGAUUUUCAUGCAGAUCUGAUUCUUGUUAUUCAAGGAGCUGUCUCUAAUUAUUAUGAAUUUGUAUUGCCAGUAGAAAUGUCUGAAAUUAACGAUUCGGAGGAUUCUGGAGCUCGUAAUCAAUCUUCGACUUAUCAGGAAGUGGAAUCUAUUGAGAUAUCUCAUGUGGAUAGCAAAGAAGAUAUGUUUAUGGAUGCAUCGGAUGAGUUGAAUAAUGAUAAUAAGGAAGCUGUAUGGCCAACUGAUCGGGAUAACAAUGCCAUUUCAGAUGAAAAGCCGGAUGCGGUACCUAAACAGUUUGAUGAAAUGGACAAUGGUGCAUACAAUAACGAAGAUAAUGAUAACAAUCACUUUGUUAAAGAAAUGGAACGAUUGCGCGCUUUGCUGGAGCAAGCUGCUGAAGAAAAAGGGAAACUCGAAUCCAAAUACAAGUAUGUGCAGGAAGAGAUGGAGACACUUUCAAGGGAGAUUUAUGUGAAGGAUAAAGAGAUUGAAGGGCUGACUGCCAAACUUAUGAGUUCAGUAGCAGAAACAGAGAAGGAUGUUAAGAACCAGCAAUAUGAGGUUGCACUGGAGAGGAUUUCGGCUGCACUUGGUUCAGUUAUAGAUCAAGGAGAUUUGUUAGGUGAUUCUGGGGUAGAGCAGAUUGACCUUGUUGAGAAAAGCACAUUGGCAUUAAUUGAGAAGUAUAACCAGUUUCUUUCAGAAGUUAAUCAACUUAGGCAGUGUUUGACAAAGGCUGAGUCCGAUUUUGGUGUGCAGGAGUUUGGGACCGUAUUUGUUGCUGCCCGUGAUGAAUUACAUGAGUUGAGGAGGAAGGAAGCACAGCUGGUUGACAACAUAGCUUUUCUAGAAGAUGAAAAUAGGAAAUUUCUUGAACAAGUUGAAAGUGAGAAAGCAAUGGUGGAGAUGCUAAAAUCCGAGCUUGAAAAAACAAAGACAGAGGUUGAGCAGGAAAAGAUGAGGUGUGCUAAUACUAAGGAAAAGCUGAGUAUGGCCGUGACAAAAGGGAAGGCAUUGGUUCAGCAACGAGAUGCCCUCAAGCAGUCUCUUGCUGAUAAAACAAGCGAGCUUGAGAAAUGUCUAGCUGAAUUGCAAGAGAAGUCCAGUGCUUUAGAAGCUGCUGAAUUACACAAGGAAGAGUUGGUGAAAAAUGAAGUUUUGGUUGUGUCAUUGCAAGAAUCACUCUCUGAAAAGACCUUGAUUAUUGAGGCAUUUGAACACAUCCUAUCCCAGAUUGACGUACCUGACGAACUCCAAUCAGUGGAUAUUGUUGGACGAGGUAGAUGGCUUGCUAAUGAAAGAAAAGAACUGAAGAGUGUUUCGAGGGACUUCUACAGAUUGAAAGACACAAUUUGUGCAAUUGAUUUACCUGAAAAUGUCUCCUUUCCUGAUUUAGAUUCUCGCUUGGCUUGGCUUAAGGAGUCCUUUUACCAUGCUAAAGAUGACAUAAGUAUGUUGCAAAAUGAAAUUUCCAGAACAAAGGAAGCUGCACGUGAUGAGGUAAAUCACUUGAGUGCUUCACUUUCGACUGUACAACAAGAGAAGCGUUACAUCAAAGAAGAGUUAGAUCACCUCAGAAACGAAUAUGAGGAAAUUGUUGGCAAGGCGCAUCAAAUAUCAUUGGACAAGGAUCAUUUAAGUGCUUCACUGGAAGCAGAACUAGUAGAGAAGGAUUAUAUUAAAAAGGAGUUGGACAACCUCUCAACUGAAUAUGAAAAUGUAGUUGAGAAGAUCCAUCAACUUUCAUCAGAGAAAAAUCAGAUGAUCAGCAUGCUUGUAGAGGCUUCUGGAAUGAUGUUGGCGGAUCAAGAAGGGGUUGAAGAAGCUUCUUAUCUACCCAUGCUAAUAGAUAGGUGCUUUAGAAAGAUAAAAGAUCAACCAAAUGCAUCUUCAGAGACUACUUUCAUAGAAGCACGACAAUUUGAAAAGCUUCAAAGUCUGUUCUAUGUUAGGGAUCUGGAGUUGACACUUUGUGAGGAAGUACUAGAAGAAGAUUUGCUGGUGAGAUCACAGCUAAAUGGUCUCUCGAAUCAGUUGACAGUAACUUCUGAGGAACUUUUUGCACUGAAGGAGGAGAAAGAUGUUCUGCAAAAAGCUCUUGAGCAAUCAGAGGAGAAGUCUAGUCUGCUGAGGGAGAAGUUAUCGAUGGCAGUUAAGAAAGGAAAGGGCUUGGUUCAAGAUCGGGAAAACUUGAAACUUCUUCUUGAGGAAAAGAACUCGGAAAUUGAGAAGCUGAGGCUUGAGUUACAACAUGAAGAAUCUACAGUUGCUAACUGCAGGGAUCAGAUCAGCACUUUGUCAACUGAUUUAGAGCGCAUCCCAAUGUUGGAGAGUGACCUGGCAGCUAUGAAAGAGGCAUUUGACCACAUCCUAUCCCAGAUUGACGUACCUAAGGAACUCCAGUCAAUGGAUAUUGUUGGACGAGCUGGAUGGCUUGCUAAAGAAAGAAAAGAGCUGGGGAAUGUUUCAAUGGACUUCUACAGAUUGAAAGACACAAUUUGUGCAAUUGAUUUACCUGAAAAUGUCUCCUUUCCUGAUUUAGAUUCUCGCUUGGCUUGGCUUAAGGAGUCCUUUUUCCGGGCUAAGGAUGACAUAAAUAGGUUGCAAAAUGAAAUUUCCAGAAUAAAAGAAGCUGCACAUGAUGAGAUAGAUCACUUGAGUGCUUCACUUUCAACUGUACAACAAGAGAAGCAUUACAUCAAGGAUGAGUUAGAUCAACUCAAAAACAAAUAUGAGGAAAUUGUUGGCAUGGCACAUCAGAUAUCAUCAAACAAGGAUCAUUUAAGUGCUUCACUUGCAACAGAACUAGUAGAGAAGGAUUAUGUUAGAAGGGAGUUGGACAACCUCUCAACUGAAUAUGAAAAUGUAGUUGAGAAGUUCCAUCAACUUUCAUCAGAGAAAUAUCAGAUGAUCAGCAUGCUUAUAGAGGCUUCUGGAAUGAUGAUGGCGGAUCAAGAAGGGAUUGAAGAAUCUUCUUAUCUACCCAUGCUAAUAGAUAGGUGCUUUAGAAAGAUAAAAGAUCCACCGAAUGCAUCUUUAGAGACUACUUUCGUAGAAGCACAACUUUUUGAAAAGCUUCAAAGUCUGUUCUAUGUUAGGGAUCUGGGGUUGACACUUUGUGAGGAAGUACUAGAAGAAGAUAUGCUGGUGAGGUCACAGCUAAAUGAUCUCUCGGAUCAGAUGAGAGUAAUUUCUGAGGAACUUUUUGCACUGAAGGAGGAGAAAGAUGUUCUGCAAAAAGAUCUUGAACGAUCAGAGGAGAAGUCUAGUCUGCUGAGGGAGAAGUUAUCGAUGGCAGUUAAGAAAGGAAAGGGCUUGGUUCAAGAUCGGGAAAACUUGAAACUUCUUCUUGAGGAAAAGAACUCAGAAAUUGAGAAGCUGAAGCUUGAGUUACAACAUGAAGAAUCUACAGUUGCUAACUGCAGGGAGCAGAUCAGCACUUUAUCUACUGAUUUAGAGUGCAUCCCGAAGUUGGAGAGUGACCUUGCAGCUUUGAGAGAGGGAAGGGAUCAACUUGAGAAGUUCUUAUUCGAGAGCAAUAGCAUAUUGCAGAGACUAGUUGAAUCAAUUGGUCGCAUUGUCAUUCCAGUUGAUUCAACGUUUCAAGAGCCUGUAGAGAAGCUGAACUUUCUUUCUGGGUAUAUGGAUGAUUGUCUGACUGCCAAGGCACGGACUGAACAAGACUUGCUGCAAGUAAAGGAAGAGGCUAAGAACCUAGCUGUCAAGUUAGCAGAGGCUGAAGCAAAUAUGAAAACACUGGAAGAUGCAUUGGCUGUUGCCAAGAAUGAUUUGUCUCAACUUGCUGAAGAGAAGAGGGACGUGGAAUUUGGUAAAAAAAAUUUAGAAAUAGAGUUGAAGAAAGCAGUUGAAGAAGCUCAUUCAGAAAAUAGCAAGUUUGCUGAGAUUUGUGAGGCUAGAAAGUCACUUGAAGAGGCAUUGUCACUGGCAGAAAAUAAAAUUUCAUUUCUUAUCAGUGAGCAACAGGAGGUUCAAAGUAGCAGAGCUGCUUCAGAGACGGAAAUGGAGAAACUGAGAGAGGAAGGAGCUAUUCAGUCUAGCAGACUCACAGAGGCAUAUAACACUAUAAAUACACUUGAAAGUGCACUUUCUCAGGCAGAGAUGACUGUUGCUUCAUUAACUGAGGACAGUAACAAUUCAAAAGUGGAAAUAACCAACUUGGAGAAUGAGCUUAGGAAACUAAAAGAUGAAACUGAGAUCCAGGCUAGGGAGCUCGCUGAUGCGGAAAUUACCAUAAAAUCGCUUGAAGAUGCAUUGGUUAAGGCAGAAAAUGAGUUUUCUGCACUUCAAAGUGAAAAGAGAGCCACUGAUCAGGAAAUAUCAACUCGUAAUUCCAAACUGACUGUAUGCAUGGAAGAGUUGGCUGGAAGCAGAGGGAGCUCUGCAAGUAAAACCAUAGAGUUGAUCGGUCAUCUUAACAAUCUUCAAAUGCUUGCCGAAGAUCAAAGUCUGUUGUCAACGAUGAAACAAUGCUUUGAUAGGAACUUGGAGCAUCUAAAAGAUGUGGAUCUUGCCCUUAAGAACACAAGGGAGCAUUUGUUGGACAAGAGGUCGGAGCAGCUGCAAGAUUAUCCACUCAUGGAGGAUAUUGCUCUUCUGGCAGGAUGUUUCGCUGAUGAUAUUGAUAAUAAUGUGAACAUUGGAAUGGAGAAUGAUUAUGAAAAUGCAAUCAAUGGUGAUGAUGUUUCUUCAUGUGUUAUAAGGGUUGCAGAAGGGUUCCAGUUACGAAAUAAAAUCUUUGCUGAUAGAUUUGAAGGUUUUUCUAAAUUCCUAGAUGAGUCAAUAGGUUCCUUGUUAAAAAAGUUACAUGCCACAGAGGAUGAGGUAAAAAGCAUGGUUGAGAAUAUGGAAUCCUUGAAGCAAAAUGUUAAAAACCUGGAAAUGCGUGAACAAGAAAAGGAGAAGGCUAUGGCUAUUUUACAGGAUGAUGUUGAAACUUUAUUCUCUGCUUGUAGAGAUGCAGUUGGAGACCUUCACUUCGAAGACAAGAGCACUCCUACAGAAUUUAACUCUCUUCCUGGACUUGAAAAUUUGAACCAUGGUUUGCACCCAGGAGGAGAAUUUGUUGGACGAGAUAUGGCUCAGCAAGAUAUUGGUGGCAAUAGAUAUAUUCAGACAGCUGAGAAAUUGUUGGCUGCUACUAGAGAAGUUCAAAGUUUGGUGAAGUUUUAUGAAACCACAAACAAAGCAGUGGCCGCAAUUGUUCACAAUUUGCAGAAAGAUUUGGAAGAUACCAGAAGAGUCUCCGAGAAAGCUAUUGAAGAAAGAGAUGUAUGUCAAAGUAGGGUUUUCAAGUUGGAGAGUGAUGUAGAAGCACUGGAAGAAUCAUACAGAGAAGUGACGCAUAAGAUAGAUGAUUAUCAAGCCAAAGAGGACAUAUGGAAGGAAAAAGAGGCAGAACUUUGGUCAUUGUACAAUAAUAUGUCGAUGAAAGAAAAAGAAGCCAAGGAGCCGCUUCUAUCAGCAACUCAAUUAAGAACUUUAUUGGACAAGCUAAGUGUGAUCGAGAUUCCUCUUGUAGAGUCUGAAGACCUCGAGCCCCAUAGCUCAACUGAUGUUAAGAAACUGUUUUCUAUUAUUAAUAGUUUCGCUGAAUUGCAGAACCAAAUAAAUUUACUUUCUUAUGAGAAGGAAGAACUACAGUCUAUGCUUUCACAACAGAGUUUUGAAAUUGAGCAUCUUAAAGAAGAAAUUGAGAGACAUGUUAGAAAUAAGCCAGAAUUGGAAGGUAUGAAAAUGGAGCUGUCUGAGGCUACAUUUGGCCUGGAAAAGAUUAUUGUUGGAUUGGGAGGUAAAGAGUUGAUUGGAAGCCCAAAUUCUGUUGGUAUGAGAGCACUUUUGCCUGUUUUAGAAAAGCAGGUGAAUGCCUUGUUAUUAGAGGCUGAAAGUUCAAAAUCCAGAGCACAGGAACUUGGUACCAAGUUGCUUGGAAGCCAAAAUGCCGUGGAUGAAUUGUUAACUAAGGUUAAGUUACUUGAAGAUUCUCUUCAGGGUAGGACUAUUCAGCCAGAAGUUGUCCAGGACCGGAGCAUCUUUGAAGCACCUUCUGCAUCCACAGGGUCAGAAAUAUCUGAAAUUGAAGAUGUGGGAUCCCACGUAAAGAAAACAGUAUCUCCUGUUCCCUCAGCUGCUCACGUCCGAAUUAUGCAAAAAGGAUCAGCUGACCAUCUAGCACUCAAUAUUGACUCAGAAACUGAUCGCUUGAUCAACAGUGAGGAAACUGAUGAGGACAAAGGUCGAAUGUUCAAGCCUCUUAAUACAACUGGCCUCAUCCCAAAACAAGGAAAGUCUAUUGCAGAUCGUGUUGAUGGAAUAUGGGUAUCUGGUGGCCGAGUUCUAAGCAGCCGUCCCCGAGUAAGGCUUGGCCUAAUUGCCUAUUGCCUGCUUCUUCAUUUAUGGCUACUUGGGACCAUUGUGUAACGAAGGUUGCAAUCAUCAAGCCUCUGAACCAACGAUGUACUUAAAAUUGUAUCAUAGACAAAAUAUCAUAAUCAAUUCUUUCCCCAUAUGUUUUACGUUUUUACAUCAUAGGCGGAUAGGUUGUUAGACAUAUUAUUUUGAGGACCGUAUACAUCCUCUGUGAUGGCAUUUUUAGGAACCGCAGAGAUUGUAAGGUUCAUGCUUUCAAAGGUGAUAAUAACUAGUACCAUCGAGCCUAUGUUGUCUGAAA